AGUCUCCAAACCAUGGGUAGAUUUGGCAUGGGGGAGGGUGGACUAUUACGGGUCCUAUUCUUUUCAAUCAUUCCCUCCGCUGCACUCUUGCGUCACAGUUAUCGUUAUAUCUUAUCCUUGCAGUCUCCAGCCAAGUGACAGACAUAGCCCCAACAGCUCUGUCUAAAUCUCCACGAAACCUCGUACAAGAUGCGCCGGUUUCUAUCUGCAAUCAUGACGCUUACUCGAAGUCGCAGAUUCAAGGACGAUCGUGGAUCCAACGGCGAUUGUGGUGGCAUCGCACGCGUUGAGAUCCCAGAAGGCGCGAGCGCUACCGCAGCCACAUCGAGGACGCCUCCAAGUGCGGAACCCGACAUUGCUAGGACACGGGAACGGAAAGCCUGCGAAUCGGAUCCAGUCCUCGAUGAAAUUACAGUCGCCAGUGCUUGCCAACCUCACGCUGCUUCACGAAACCGGCCUAUCAUUGACGGACGGCAAACCCGGUUAUUAGGCCGAACCCGUGGCAACCCUGGCGUUACUGGCGUCGGGCUUGACAUUAUGGAUGAGCCGCCGCGGCGCAAUCCGAAGCGGAAGGCCACCGAACCUGUUACGAGCCAUCUCCAGAUGGUUGACGAUCUCCUCAGAGAGGCGGUGGCGCCCGUUACGACGAAUGACAUUCGCGAAUGGACUGGAUGGUGUGAACUGGAGUCUGAGCCGGCAUUCUUCAAUGUCAUUCUCCGAGACUAUGGGGUCAAGGACGUGAAAAUUCAGGAGGUAUUCAGUAUCGAUGACGAUUUUCUCAGGCUCCUUCCCCAGCCUGUCUAUGGACUCAUCUUUCUGUAUCAAUAUUUCUCCGAAGACUACGAAGCAGAGGAGCCUAGUGAAGACAGUCAAGUUUGGUUUGCCAAUCAGACCACAGAUAAUGCAUGUGCUACCGUUGCCAUGAUGAACAUCAUUAUGAACAGCGAGGUCGAGAUAGGAGCUGAGCUCGAGGCUUUCAAGGAAACAACAAAGGACAUGAGCUAUCCCCUACGCGGUCAGGCACUCAGCAUGAAUGACCACUUGCGAACCAUCCACAACUCGCUUACUCGCCGGUUGGACCAUCUGAACGCCGAUCUUUUUCUCAGUGGCGAGGUCGAUAGAUUCGACAAGAACAAGAAAAAGCGGAAGGCGUCUGGCAGCACGUCGACCGGAAAGAAGAAAAAACCUCACGGGCAAGCCAAGAAGAAGAGGAAGAAGAUCAACCCGGACAUUGCCUUCCACUUUGUCGCCAUCGUUCCCGCCGCCGGUUCCGUCUGGGAACUUGACGGCUUGAAAUCAGGUCCAGUCAAUCUAGGCUCCGUCGAAGCGGACGCCAACUGGGUCGAUGUCGCUAAGCCGUUUAUCGAGGCUCGCAUGCUACAGUUCGAGGAGGGUGCCGUGUACUUCAAUGUGAUGGCCCUCUGCCGGAGCCCUCUGGCCACGGCGUCAACCGCUCUGGCGAAAACUGUGCGCCAACUUAGCUUGCUCAGCCAGCGGGCUGAAGGGAAUUCGGAGUUCUCGUCCCUUGCGGCGAAUGCCCCUCCGCCGUUUGUUGCGGACGAGGAGGGCCUCCACGCCUUUGGUCUGACGUCGAAAGUCGUCGAAGAAGCGGAGGUCGAGCCUGAGUUCGCCUCUCGCAUAAAGGACGUGGCAGAUGCCGCCGAGCUUUUCACUGUGUACGAGGAACUGGUCACCGCGCAGAAGAUGGCAAUGGGCGAGUACAAGAACGAGCAGGCGGCAAUGUAUACGGAUGAACACCGCCUACGGGGCAGGAAAAUGGACAACAUGGCGGCUAUCCAUCGGUGGUUGGAAGCUAUUGCCGGUCACGGUAAAUUGGAGGAAAUGGCAAGGGAUACUCAGUGAAGCAUUGCAAGUUAAUUUCCAAGUUAACUGAGAUGACGACGGGGGAUGUAAAGUCAAUCGCAUCAUGUCGGCAUGAUACACACUUACGUUGAGAACUGGUAAAAAAAGAAAAGAAAAAAGAAAAAGAAAAGAAAAAAAAAGGGGGGGGGG